AUAUUUUGGAUUAUUUGUGUUUUCCUCGAAUGAUAAAAACUAUCAUUCGUCGCGAGAUUUGAUUUUAAGAUUGUUUUCCGAACAACUAAUCAAAGCCGUAUAUGAAGCAACAUUCUGUGCAAGGGUCGCACAAUUUGGAGGGAGGAAUGAGAGAUUUAGGGAAAUGAGUACUUUCAUAUCAAUAUUAUCAUAAAUUUAGGGUAUUAAAUUUGGUUAUUUGUUCAAAAUUCCGCCGACGAAAUGAGCCUAAAGUAAGGGGGUAGGUGUCGUAAUUUACAAAUUAUCUAGGGGUUAUUUAGGUCUUUUGGAAAUUUCAUUCAGGACAAAUAUGCGGCCGCGGGAAAAAACACGACCUGAGAAACAGCAGAAUGCUAAUCAGACAAAGAACAAGGCCCCUCCUAAUCCUAAAUUUCUUCCGCCGGUUCACGACAACCGAAUCGACUCAGCCCCAACUCGCCACCGCCGCCCCAUCCCCGGUCGACCCGGCCCACCUCCUCCGGGUCUGCACCAUUCUCUACCAGCAACAGAACUCGCCCGAGUCACGUCUCCACUCGAACCUCAACUCCUCCGCCUUCCAACUCACCCACGAGUUCUUCCUCCAGGUCUGCAACUCCUUCCCCCUUUCAUGGCGGCCCGUCUACCUCUUCUUCCGCUACACUCAGUCCCACCACCCCCGUUUCACCCACACCGCCGUCUCCUUCAACAAAAUGCUCGACGUCAUCGGCAAGUCCAGGAACAUCCAGCUCUUCUGGGACACCCUCCAUGAGAUGGGACGUCGUCGUUUGGUGAAUCGCAAGACUUUUCUGAUUGCUGUCAGGACGCUGGCCAAGGCCAGGGAGUUGAACAAGUGUGUAGAUUUCUUUCACGCCAUGAAUGGGUUUGGAUUCGGGUACGAUUUGGGGAAUUUGAAUAUGGUGGUUGAGGAUUUGUGUGGGUCGAAGCUCGUCGUUGAGGCGAGAUUUCUGGUUUUGAAGCUGAAGGAAUCGAUUCGGCCCGAUGGGUUUACUUACAGGUGUUUGAUUCAAGGUUUUUGCGAUGUGGGUGAUUUGAUCGAGGCUUCAAAGAUUUGGAAUUUGAUGGUGGAAGAAGGGUUCGACCCGGAUAUCGAUGCCGUUGAGAAGAUGAUGGAGACCCUUUUCAAGACGAAUCGAUACGGCGAGGCGCUGAAGGUUUUCCAAAUGAUGAGGGUGAGCAGAAUGGAGGAUUUGGGUCUCUCAACUUACAGGCUUGUGAUUGAGUGGAUGUGUAAAAGGGGCAAGAUUGAGGAAGCACAUGAGGUGUUCGAGGAAAUGCACAAGAGAAGGAUUGAGGCAGAUAAUUUGACAUUGGCGUCACUGGUUUACGGGCUUUUAGCAAGAGGACGAGUUACAAUGGCGUUCAAGGCUGUGGAAGGGAUCGAAAAGCCAGAUAUUAGCUUGUACCAUGGGUUGAUCAAGGGGCUUUUGAGGUUGAGAAAGGCGCGCGACGCGACGGAAGUGUUUAGGGAGAUGAUCAGAAGACGGUGUGAGCCUAACAUGCACACUUAUAUCAUGCUAUUGCAAGGACAUCUGGGGAAGAGGGGGAGGAAGGGAUCGGAUCCUCUGGUGAAUUUCGACACCAUUUUUGUUGGGGGUUUGGUGAAGGCAGGGAAGUCGUUGGAAGCCACCAAGUAUGUGGAGAGGGUGAUUAAAAGAGGACUCGAGGUCCCUAGAUUUGAUUACAACAAGUUUUUGCACUAUUACUCAAAUGAAGAAGGGGUGGAGAUGUUUGAGGAGGUGGGGAAGAAGUUCAGGGAGGUCGGGUUGGUGGAUUUGGCGGAUAUUUUUCAGAGGUACGGGGAGAAAAUGGCGACGAGAGAUGGAAGAAGAAAUAGGGCAGGAGAGACGUGAAGAGAGGUUGAGAGUCCCUAAAGCCCAACAAAUUUUUUAUUAUGACGGGAAUGCUAGUGGUUAAUCAUAUUUUUAUGCAAGUGAGGAAAUUUUUUAUCCAAGUUCCCUGACCAAUCACGAAUGAUCUAUGUGAUGGAAAGAAGGGUAUCUAGGAUUAGCCUUCCCCAAAUCCGAUGACUAUUGUUUGAGGUAGAAGAAGAUGAUGAUUCUGUAUAUACAGAGACAGACAGACGAUAAAAUUUGCUAGCAGAUAGCAUAUUGUAUGUGUAAAUAAUUUCUCUUAAUAAGUACAUUUUUUUUUAAUAUUAGAUAAUUA